GCCCGCGGGGCGGCGGCGGGAGGAUGCCUCGCGCCGUGCCGAGGCACCAACGGCCGCUGCGCGUCCCGAGCAGCGCCGGGGCCGCCUGAGAGCGGAGCCCGCGCUGAUCGAGGCCCGGGCCGGAUGGGCGCUGCAGGCCGGGGCGCGGACCGCCGAGCGGCCUGUUUCUUUUGUCAGAGAGCCCAGCAGAGCUGCGAUUCUUCCAGUGUCAGCCCUGAGCUGCCUGAGGAGUGCCCAGCAGAGAUGGUGAAGAUGACCAAGUCCAAAACUUUCCAAGCUUAUCUGCCAAACUGUCACCGGACGUACAGCUGUAUCCACUGCAGAGCUCACCUGGCCAAUCAUGAUGAGCUAAUCUCCAAGUCCUUUCAGGGGAGUCAAGGGCGAGCCUACCUCUUCAAUUCUGUGGUGAACGUGGGCUGCGGCCCUGCUGAGGAGAGGGUCCUCCUCACUGGGCUGCAUGCGGUGGCGGACAUCUACUGUGAGAACUGCAAGACCACGCUCGGGUGGAAAUACGAACAUGCCUUUGAGAGCAGUCAGAAAUAUAAGGAAGGAAAAUUUAUUAUUGAGCUUGCCCACAUGAUCAAAGACAAUGGUUGGGAGUAAAGUGAAAGCUUCCCACUCUCCUUUGAAUGUCCUUCUGUGAAAGAGACUGUGAGUGUGAUGGCCAUGGAGGAGCAUCCUGAUGACGCUCUGUUUCUUGAACUUCAACCUCUCAGGCUGGUCCCCUGCUUAGCUCUUGACACUCGAAGGCCUCAUGGCCAUUUCCCUGGGUAAGGCGUCCCCUCUGAUCUGUGUCUUCUUCGUGAACAUGUUGUUUCUGAAAAUUUUCAAUAUUCUUUUUCGAUCUUCUCAAGAUCUAGAGAAAGAAUUAGACAACUGAUGACUUCUUCACCUAGUUCAUACCUUCUUUUGACCUCUGCCUUCCACAUCAUGUGGCUGUGCUUUUUCAUGUUUGAUAGAAACCAAGUCAAGUCUCCAAAGACCAUAGGGACUGGGUCUCUGUAGAGAGCAGGCCUUGCCUCUCCUUUUUUAGAGUAAAUGUAUUGUAGCCCCCCUUUUUUUUCUAAUUUGCAAAACUGCAAAUUGAUUAUUUCUCUUAUAGAUGAACUGUUAAGGCAUUAAGAAUAUUCUAGGUUAUCUCACUUGGUUAGAGCGCAGGCUCAUAACCCCAAGGUCACAGGUUUGAAUCCCUGUACUGGCCAGUCACACACACACAAAAAAGAAUCUUCCAGAAGCAGUCAACAAACUUAUACACCAAGGGUAUUGGGGUUUUUUUUUGCCUGUUCAAAAACAGAGGACACCACUGAUAAGAUUUUAGAUAAGGUAUAAAUAGAGAAAUGAGUCAAAUUGUAACAUCUUGUUUGUUUGUUUUUGGUGGCUGCCUGGUAUGUGGAUCCGAACCUGUGACCUUGGUAUUAUAAGGCUGUGCUCUAACCAACUGAGUUAACUGGCCAGCCAGAACAUCUUGUUUAAGCCAGAUCAGUUAACUAGAAACCCAGUGAACUAGUCAUUAGAGAAGACUGUCCCAGGGGCCGCAGAGGCAGUGUUACUGAGGCAACAGCCUCGCAGGGUCUGGUACCGGGGGUAGCACCCUCAUCAGUCACAGCAGCCUGUGUGUCAAGUAGUCACAGAGUGGCUGGUCCAUGUAGUUACAGAGUAACACAGGACUGAGUAAAAGUCAGAUUUCAUUUUCUACCCUGAUGUACUUGAAGAAAAAGAAUUAUUUUCUCAUAUGAAAGAGGCCAGACCCAACUGAAAAGACUUCAAAACUUGAGAUUUGCCAGAUUGUUUAAGAUAUUUUCAGGAAAGGCUAAAGUUGCGAGACAGGUUUAAACUUUGUAAAUGAAGAUGUUUGGUUUGCUGGCAGUAUCGCACCUUGCUGCCUGCUACAUCACAUGGACUGACACAGAGGGGACUUGUGUAGUCUCCCAGGUCCUGUGUGCCUGCCCAUCCAUCUGGGCCUCUGCAGGGCACUGUGCAAGGGUUUGGCCAAUUUGCAGAGAAUGGAGGCCAAAAGCCAUGCCCAGAUAAGUUUUGGCUUUCAAUGUUUUGUAACCUGACUCAGGGCAGAAGAGCAGGAAAAGGGCCUAGGGAAGGUGAGAAGCAGGGAGAUAGGAGAGCAGUGUGCAGAUAUUUCUCAGCCUGGAGAUGGCUCUGAAACUGCCUUCAUACGAGGCUAGCUAGUGGCAGCGAGUGCAAGCUGGCUGAGGACAGUAGGAAAAUGUCCCAUACAGCUUUAGAUACCCCUCCCUGACUCCAACCCUCUCUGCUCCCUCCCAACCCACACCCCCUGGCUGCCACAGGCUCUGGCUCACUGCUCCCUCUAUAGCGUACCUUCUGGUACCAUCUCCCUGCCUGAGGCUCACAGCCUUGGAACAUGAGGAAUGCCACUGCCGUGAGCCCAGUGGCCUGGUGGGCACAUCUCUGAGACACAUCAGCUUAGCUGUGGCAAAAACUACUUUAAGCACAUCUACAACCUAGAAAUUUUCCCUAGAAAGGAAGGAAAUCUUUGCACAAUUCAGCAAGCCUGUGUGUUUGGCUGUGGCCCCGCAGGCUGCUUUCUCCCAGAGCUAGUUGCCCCUGCAGACUGAGGCUGCCCAGCCCGCCCUGCUGUCCCUAGGUCCGUGCAGCUGUCCGUCCGGAGGCCUUCCUCAGCAUCCAGCCACUCCCCACGACAGGGGCCUGGCUGCUGUGAUGUGAAAUCUGAAGGUGCUUCAUUCAUGAGCUGGCACAUAAGGUAGCAAUGUCUGUGGCUUCAGUCCAUUGUCUGAAACUGUGAAGGGGCUGAAAGACGCCUUUCUUGAUGGGAGAUAAGUACUAGUGGCUGAAAAAAAACCAACCCUUCCCUUCCAGUCGUCAUUCCUCUUACAAGUGGGGACUUGGCUUUGGAGGCUCCCAGAAGACAUGGGGAGAUGGUUGGGGGCUCAUGCUGUCACCGACCUGCUGGGGCAGCCCAGCUGGAGGGCAGCCCAGCUCCUGGGCACGUUUCCAGAAGAUGCUUCAUUUAAAUGGAAGAGAGAAUCUUCUGAAAUUCUUCUGACCAACUUUUGUAUAUACUAAAAUUAUAUUUAAAGCUUUUAUAUGUUCUGGGCAAGUUUACUGCUCCUUCAAUUUGAGCACUUUGGUUUUUGUAUUGUCUUUUGUGAUGGCAUUGAUUGAAAAAUUUUUACUAGUACUUUUUUUGUAUUUUUUUGGUAACUGAUACCAGCAAACCUUCUAUCACUUUUUUCGUUGGUUUUCUGCAAAAUACAAGCUCUUUUUAAACCAAAUGAACUGACUGUGAGCUGGCUUCCAGGGAUGUGAUAUUCACAAUACCAUAACCAGAUGUGCUGGUAAAGUGCUGGACUGUUCCACCCUCUUAAAUUCCUAAAUAAAUAUCAUCCCAUGACUUCUAUUAAAAUUUUCUUUUUUAAUUUUUAAAAAUUUUUUUAUUUUAAAUAGCAGGAGGGGAUGCCAGGAUUUGUAGAUGCAUUUAACAUAAUGGAGUGUCUCUGGCACAGUACAUUUGCUUUAGAAAUGUGGUUUAGUUUUGUUGCCAUUUUAUACAGUAUUUUUAUACCUCAACACUUUCAUGCUUGAUGGCAUCUGUCAGAUACUAGAAAGGACCAGAAAUGAGAAUCUUUCCAUAAGUCCUUUAAUUUAUGUGAUGACCUCAUCAGGUAAUUACAAAAUCCAAGUUGUUUUAACAUCUAGAAAACUAAAAUUUAAGCUCUAAAAUGAACUACAGAAAUGUGAACCGUCAUUUGUAAACACCGCUCGGCGGGCCUAGCCUCUGCCUGGUGGGGGUGGGCGUGGGGGCAAGUGGUGAGGCUGUGUGGCCCAUACCUCAGGGCAGGUGCAGGCCACUGGGUAAGGCUGGACUGCCAGACAGCGACCUGGGGACAGCCAGAAGCUUUGCCUUAAGGAACAGGACCACCAAGCUCGAGCACACGCCACCUUCAGCCUCCUCUGGCCGUGCUGCCAGCCCUUGGUCCUGUGUCUGUGUAAGGUUUACAAAUAAA